CAUUGCUAUUGCUGGUGGUCUGCAGCUAUAUUCUUCUUCAUAUAAACCAUCCGGAAAAUCAGUAUUGGCUCGUACAACUUGUUGUGAUGGUACUACGGGUCUUUGUGGUACCAUGACUCAGGAAAAAUAAAAAUUUCUGCUGAUUAUCGAGUCAAUCAACCAAUUGAGAACUUUAAAAUCAGAAUUAAGAUCAUUCAACGGAAAUCCCCACUAGCUGAACUGUUUGAAUCAGAAGAUGAAGUGAGAGAUACAAAUUUUUUAGAAUCUGAAGAAAUGAUUUUUGAAUGGCAAAAAAAAGUAUUUAGUUCAUUUGAGAUAGAUCAUUUUAAAGAUGAAAGAAACUGUAUAAAUAAAACACAUGAAGCUUAUCAUGAGGAAAUUUUAAACAAAAAUUUGGAAGGUUCUCGACUUUAUUCGUAUAUUCACAAAGAUUUAUUUAAUUACGAAAAAAAUCCUGUAACAAAAGAAGGUUUCAAGUCAUUCUUAUCAGUCAAAAAUGAAAUUGCAAUACCUGCUAUUCUUAAUAAAAAACCUUUUCAUCAAAGAUACAAUAAAAAAGUUAUCGACUCAGUGCCUAACGAUUCACAAAUUCGUUCAAACCAUUACCUAUACAAAGAUAGAAGAGUUAUGCAUUUAAUGGUAGAUUUAUCUUCAAAAGAUCAAACUUUUAAAGAUCCAGAGGUUUCAGAAAUUCUUCUUUGUAGGCUAACUUUUGAUAAAGCAGGGAAAAUAUUAACAGUUGAUCCAGAUUUUAACAGUGAUGAAUGCUACACGAUUGAAGAAGCUGGUAUGAUUUAUGAUUAUUGGAUUGAACAUGCUUCUAGACCUCCAACAGAGGAAGAAAUGCAAAGGCAAGAAGAUUUAUUACGUCGUGAAGCACAAGAAAGUAUCUUAAACCGAGAGUUAAAAAUUUAUUCUGAUAUGAAAAUGCCUCCACCUAACAUACUUCGAUUGUACUUGACGUUAGAUUUCACUGAGGCACGUGGUUUUCCUUAUGACGCAGUUUUUCUUACGUAUUCAAUUGAUUUACCAAAGAACUGGAAUACAAAUCGACAUGACAGUUUGUCUGGUAGAACUCAGAGAAGUCGAAUGGUGAAUGGAUAUGCUCAUUUAAGUCAUACUGUUGAGAUUUCUCUAGAUUUUGACUUAAAUUGCUUGAAUGAUGAAAAUGUUCAACUUUCUUGGCCUUAUUUGUUGAUCUCUGUGGCAUCAUUGGAUAAAUGGACAAGGUAUCGAAUAGAAGGCUAUGCUUCUGUUCAACUACCACCACGGCCCGGUUCUUAUGAAUUUCAUUUACAAACUUGGAGACCUAUAACGGGUUUUAUCAACUCUCUUCGACGUUUUUUCACUGGAGGAGCAGCAGAACUGGAGGAUAUAAAAUAUUGCGGAAUUCCUCGAGAUCAUCAAGGAUUAGUUCUUGAUAAAACUGAACUUAAUGUUGUCUCUGGAGGUAUAAUAGAUCUUCGAAUGAAUAUUGUUCAGCAAAGUCGAAAAUUUGCUCCAAAACUCAGGCGUAACAAACAUACUCGUAAUAAAAUUAAUCAUGAAGAAUUGUUAAGAAAUGUAGAAAAUGUUGUAGAACAGUACAAAGCUGCAAGAGAGCGAAUGAUACAAAUCAGAAGUACAAGUACCCCGCAAGAAUAAAACAGAAUGUAUAAAAACGUAAUAAACAAUAAGAUCAACUACUGAUUUAUUAUAAAAUAUCAAAAUAAUAAAAAAUAAGCAAUAUGAUAUGUUAAAAUAAAUCUGAAUGAAUGAUAAAAAAAAUUGAUUAAAGAUAAUGUUUUUG